GUGAGUGUGCGUGUGUCAGACUGUCAGAGUGUGUGUGUGUGUGUUGACGCCCGAAAUUUUUUGUUAUUCCGUCACACACGGCACACAGCACCAGUGUACAAGUUCAGCAUAAAGGAUCCACUGGCUUUUAAGCAUACGCGAAAUUUGUUGCCGUCUUUUUUAGCGGUCUUUCUGUACGUGCGCAGUGUUUUUUUUUUUCAAUUUCGUCCUCUCCCCACCCACCUACACCCGCAGUACGCGCCGGCCCAGCCGAAUUACAUGUAGCGUAGUACUUGUGCGUCUCGUAGACGAUUUUGUGUUUUUGUUGUAUAUUUUCGUUUUUAUUUUUAUUUUUCGUUCACUUGCGUUCUGCCAUUUUUUUCUACCGACGUCGGUCUGCGCGUGUUGAUCUGCCGGGUACACCCGUACACAGGUUGGAGAUCGCUGCAGGCGAUUGCAACAGUUCGAUUGCGACUACGACGACGACCAGCGAGGACACUUCUCUAGUGCUCUGUGCCGCUUAUUCACCAGUGUACACGUAGGAGUGUUUUCAUAGCGGCAACAUGCAGACCAUCAAAUGCGUUGUUGUUGGUGAUGGAGCUGUCGGUAAGACUUGUCUGCUCAUAUCGUACACAACAAACAAAUUUCCUUCAGAAUAUGUACCGACUGUUUUCGACAAUUAUGCAGUGACAGUGAUGAUUGGUGGGGAACCAUACACAUUAGGUUUAUUUGAUACAGCAGGUCAGGAAGAUUAUGAUCGCCUCAGACCUUUGAGUUAUCCACAAACUGAUGUGUUUCUUGUUUGUUUCUCUGUGGUUUCACCAUCUUCAUUUGAAAAUGUCAAAGAAAAAUGGGUUCCAGAGAUAACGCAUCACUGUCAAAAAACACCAUUCCUGUUGGUUGGCACACAAAUAGACCUUAGAGAAGAUGCCACAACUGUGGAGAAACUAGCCAAAAAUAAACAAAAAUCAAUAUCAUUUGAACAAGGAGAGAAGCUAGCUAAAGAACUUAAAGCUGUGAAAUAUGUUGAAUGCUCAGCACUUACACAAAAAGGACUAAAAAAUGUAUUUGAUGAAGCUAUUCUUGCAGCUUUAGAGCCUCCUGAACCAGUUAAGAAGAGGAAGUGUGUUAUAUUGUAAGGCUGCGGAUAAAUAAACAGACCAAUUAAUUUUAAUACAAUGUUAAGUGAACAACAACUCAAAUGCCUCAAGACCUUUUUUAUGUCUUUGAACUUGCAAAAGUACAAAAUAAUUGUAUAGUCGAAAUUGUACUUUCAAUUGCUUAUGGAUGUUGAACUCUUUUCUUUGCUUUGAAGUGAUGAAGAAUAAUAUGACGUUCAGAUAAUGAUAAUUAUUAUACAAUCAAAAUGUUUAGAUAAAAAGACUUACUUAUAUUAUAUAUAUAUAUAUUGUCAACCUUUUAAAAUAAUUGUUGUAAACUGCAGGUGCAAUGUUUAAAGUUUCAAAUGGUUGUUCAAUUAACUUAAUAAAAUAGACGAGUCUAGAAAUACUUUAUAUAAUAAUGUUCUAGAUGUUAUGGAUCAUCUUGAUGUCACAUUGGUUAAAUAAAAUAUUUAUUUUUAA